AUGUCGUUGAAAGUGGUAUACCAUGUACCAAUUGCAGAUUGGACGAAGUCGAGUGCUGCGUUACAGAAGGAAAACCAUUCUCCAGCUGAGUCCAUCGAGGACCGAGAAGACCUUCCUCAAUUUCCUAUAUUCGACGAUAUUGAUGGCUUGCAAGAACUGUCUAUGCCUCUCAACACCUCGAGCUCUAGUACACGAGACAUCAAUCCUCUCGAGCAGGAGCUUAGUCAACACAAACCACAUAUGCUAUGUAAGUUGAUUCGAAUGGGGUUCGUGCGGAUGCUGACUUUGCAACAAGAUCAACAGCAGGCACAUCGUCUGACGCCCGAAGAACGCACCCGUCGGCUCUCAAUCCUUAGUACUAGAGGCAUCCCGAUGCAGCAACCAGCCAUGCUUACCUCACCCUUCUUCCCUUCCUUCAAGCUCCAAGACGGAGUCCACUUUCCAAAAUAUAUUCCAGCAAUUCCUCCUCGCAUUCUGUCAGAAGACAUUGAUUACCUGAGAAAGAAGGGAGCCUUUUUGAUUCCAGAGACAGGUCUCAGGAAUGAACUCCUGCGCUGCUAUGUGCAAUAUGUACAUCCAUAUCUUCCUGUGCUGGACCUGAGCGAAUUUCUGACCACGGUGGACCAAGAUGAUUGUUCAGCUACGAUCAGCCUGUUGCUGUUUCAGGCCGUUAUGUUUGCUGCUACGGCAUAUAUUGAUUUACGAUAUCUGACAGCGCAAGGAUACGACAGCAGGAAGGCAGCCCGCAAGGCCUUUUUCCAGCGAGUCAAGCUGUUAUACGAUUUCGACUACGAGAUUGACCGAGUGACGGUCGUGCAGUCUGUAUUGCUCAUGACAUAUUGGUAUGAAAGCCCAGAUGACCCGAAGGACGUCUGGCAUUGGUUGGGCGUGGCGAUCUCUCUCGCUCGAACGAUUGGCAUCAACUGCGAUACUUCGAGUACGCCUUUGUCUCUAGAGAAACAGAAAUUGUGGAAAAGGAUUUGGUGGUCUUGCUAUAUGCGAGAUCGUUUGGUCGCGAUCGGCAUGCGUCGCCCAAUCCGCAUCAAAGAUGACGAGGCCAAUGUGCCUAUGCUCGAGAUUUCAGACUUCGAGACAAAUACCCUACCACCUGAGCUGAAUCGUAUGAUUGGUGGUUGCUCUGUGAUGAGGGACGCCGCCAAGCGCGAAAUGCUGGCCCAGAUGUGCAUUGCCAUGGUCAAAUGCUGCCAAUGUAUUACAAAAGUCCUCUCUGUGCAAUACUCGAUGCUCGGUCAUCGAUUAGGAGCGACCCAAGAGACCACUAUGCGCCUUGUGCCUAAGAAGUCGGCAGCAAAUCCUUUAGAAGUCUUUGAAUGUGAUCGCGAUAUCGAGGAAUGGUACGAGAGUCUACCGAUAGAAUUGCGGUACUUCAAGAGUACACUUCCUCGAGAACAAAACGUUCGCAACGACGGCGAAGUCAUAAAUUUGCACAGAGCACUUCUGACUGGCGUCUACCUGACAACAACUAGCGCACUUCAUCGACCGCAAAUGAUGCCAGCUAUGCCGAACCUAGUAAUCGAACCUGAGCUGAAAGAGCUUUCGCAGCGGCGUGUCCGUGAAGCAGCAUGUGCCAUCACAGAUGUUUUCCAGGAUUUGUAUUCUCGAGACCUGAUCCGCUAUCUACCAAAUACCGGCGUGACAAUCCUGCUACCGGCGAUCAUUGUACACUUACUCGACAUCAAGUCGCCGGAUUCUGCAACUCGUCAACUCAGCGUUCGACGCUUUCAGUUCUGCAUGCAGGCGCUCCAGAAAUUACGGGAAAUGUAUGCCUCUGCUGAUUUCGCCUUCUCCUUUCUUGAUGCAGCUGUACGCAAUGCAGAUGUCCCUGUUGGGCCAGCGCAGGAGUCGAAGCAGAACUUCAGAGACAACCAGCAGCUCCGCAGCAUGUCGAUGAGCAGUUGUACGAAGCCAGGACGGUCGUUCACUGCGACUUUGACACCUCCACCUGAACUACCGACGAUGCAGCAAAUCAGAGCGAGAGCUUCAACCUCACCGUCAAGGUCGUCAGGCAUGUUUGGUAUUAACCCGCAAGCCAUGUCGCUGUCUAGAUCUCCAGGGACUGAUUUCACAGCGUUGACACCACCCAGCUCGGAUAAGAUGGUGCACAUGAAUGAGUCGGCAACAACUGGAGGUGCGGCGGUAAGCCUGCUAGACUUUAAUCAUAUGCAUCACAGUCCACCUAACAGUGUCCACGACGAACACAUGGGAAUCUCAAAUGGCGGCUACAUCGAGGCGGACAAGCUGGAGGAAUUAGAAAACUCUUUUCAACACGUUAUCGACGAAGUUAGAAUGGAAAACGAUUUUGAUCAGCUAAUCAACCUAGAAGGAGGAUCUGGCGGAGUCGACCAUCUAUUUACAGACAGCCUGAACGAGUCAGAUGAUAGUACCAGUAUCUGGGCCGGGUUGACCAUGUCAAUGAACGAGCCUAAAGCAUCGAAGUUAGCCAAGGACCUUCCACAACAGCGAAAGCUCGAGGAAACAUCUCUGAACCUCGAAAGCGUGGUGCAAGCGGCGCAGGACCUGGCAGGGAAGAGCUCAAGGCAAGAGCUUUGCGAAAAGCCAGUCUUUCUCGAGACCAUGGAAGAGGCCAUUGGAGUGGUUGGCUGA